AUCUUUAUGAAGCGUACCACUGAAGAUGAAGUUGAAAGAUUUGGCUUUUGUUAUUAUAUUAAUGAUCUUAGGAGAACUCUCUGCAGAAGAGAAACGCUGUGAUUUUCCCACGGUAGAAAAUGGAAGGCUUGCCCAAUAUUACUAUACUUUUAAGAGUUUUUACUUCCCAAUGAGCAUAGACAAAAAGUUGCCAUUUUUCUGUUUGGCUGGCUACACAACUGAAAGUGGGAAACAAGAAGAGCAAAGCAGAUGUACAGCAGAGGGCUGGUCUCCAGAACCAAGGUGCUUCAGAAAAUGCACUAAGCCUGACCUAACAAAUGGCUAUGUCUCUGAUGUAAAAUUCUUGUAUAAAAUUAAAGAGAAUAUGCGUUAUGGUUGUGCUUCUGGAUAUAAAACCACUGGAGGGAAGGAUGAAGAAGUGGUGCAGUGUCUUUCUGAUGGAUGGUCUUCUCAGCCAACCUGUAGGAAGGAGCAUGAAACAUGUUUGGCCCCUGAAUUACAUAAUGGAAAUUAUUCCACAACACAGAAAACAUUCAAAGUGAAGGAUAAAGUGCAAUAUGAAUGUGCUGCUGGCUACUACACAGCUGGAGGAAAGCACGCAGAGGAGGUGGAAUGCCACACGUAUGGAUGGUCUCUCACACCAAAGUGCACCAGGUACCCAGAAUCUCCUGUAUGUGAAGGAAGAAGACAUCGAUGUCCUCCUCCACCUCUGCCCCUAAACUCCAAAACUGAAAAGUAUUCAACAGCUUAUCGUCACGGAGAAAUAGUUCRUAUACAAUGUGAACUUAAUUUUCUGAUUCAGGGGUCAGAAGAAAUACGCUGUGAAAAUGGAAAGUGGACAGAACCUCCAAAAUGCAUUGAAGAAAAGGAGAAGAGGGUCUGUGAGGAACCACCCUUCGUGGAGAAUGGCGCAGCAAACCUAUAUUCUAAGAUUUAUUACAGUGGGGAUAAAGUGACAUACAGAUGUGACAGAGGCUAUCAUAUCCGUGGAUCAAAUGAGAUAGCUUGUAAUCGUGGAAAAUGGACAAUUCCCCCUGAGUGUGUUGAAAAUAAUGAGAAUUGUAGGCCUCCACCUAAUAUAACAAAUGGGGCUGUGGUUGGUGUGUUAUUGCCAAGCUACACAACAGGAUCCUCAGUGGAGUAUAGAUGCAAUGAAUAUUACUUAUUGAGGGGAUCAAAAAUAUCUCAUUGUGAACAAGGAAGAUGGUCAUCCCCACCUGUUUGCUUGGAGCCAUGCACCGUGAAUGCGGAUAACAUGAACAGAAAUAACAUAGAAAUGAAGUGGGCCUAUGAAGGAAAAAUCUUGCAUGGAGAUUUAAUAGAUUUUGUAUGCAAACAAGGAUAUGAUUUGCCUCCAUCAACCCUGUCUGGGUUGUCUGUGCAGUGCAAUCGGGGAGAAGUGAAAUAUCCUUUAUGUGUUAGAAAAGAAUCUAAAGGAAUGUGUUCAUCUCCUCCACUUAUUAAAAAUGGAGUGCUUAUUAGUUCAGCAGGAGGCAUCUAUGAGAAUGGUUCUUCAAUAGAAUACAGAUGUUUUGAUCACCAUUUUCUGCAAGGACCUAGGGAGGCCUAUUGUGUAGAGGGAGUAUGGACUACACCACCAUUGUGCUUAGGAGCACGAAGUAUGUCAUCCAACCCACAGAAUUCUCAUUCUAUCCMCUGGCUGAAGGUUAUAGUAGGAAUAGUCGGUCUCAAACCAAAUGGAAAUGGAGMUUUCAGUGUUUGCUUUCAGAUAUUUGGUUGCCCUUAA